AUGGAUGCGAUGGGGCGCAACAGUGAGUAAAGGUUUGCAUGCUGAGGGGGGAUUGGUGAGGUGGGAAAAGGGCAGUGUGGCAUCAGUGGCGCUCCGGCUGUGGUGCCCACUGAGUGGUGGAGGGCUCAUGGUGAGGGCUUAGUGACCCACGGGUCACCCAGUGCUGCUGAGUCCACACAGGAGCCCCUUUGUUCUCCAGUCUGCCCAUCACAGCCCCUAAUCCUGCCCAUCACAGCCCCUAAUCCUGUUUCAGAUUCAGAUAUACUUUAUUAGCAUGAAUGACAAGGCCACUGUUGCUAAAGCGAAGUGAGAUAAUUACAUAAACAAGAACAGUAAAAAAUAAAUAGUAAUGGUGAUUAGAGAAAUAGUUUUAUUUUUAUUGCUUUGGUACUAUUUUCACAAGUAUGUGGUAAAAUGUCAAAACUCUUAGUACAAAACUCAAAACAGAUAAUCAACAAUGCUGUUUUUCAAAACUUUAAGCACAUUUUCAAUUGACUAAGUAAAACACACAAAAUCACACAAUAACCUUUUCACCAACCCUAAUCAGUGUUUCAUCUAGAAAUACCUUUCAUAUAAAGUAAUUGCCUUUCACAAUGGAAUGUUCACAUUACUUUUCAUAUGAUUUUCUUCUCAUUUGUUUAAAUACAUUUGACCAUCACUUAAUCCAACUGUGCUUAAUGGUUAAUCACUUAAUCGUUUGGUAAACCUACAGAUUUUAAACAGGUUUGUCUACUAUAUAUGGAUUUUGAGAACUACAGAAAUAAAAUGUGUGUUUGUAAAGUAUAAACAUCUAAAUUGCAUAUAUGAUACAUGAUGACUACUCGUUAUUGCUAAUUGGUUUAACAUAGUGGUAACCACAAUUGGUCACAAUAUAACGAAAAAUACGUUAUAGACCAACUACUUUACAAUUUAUAUACAUUUACAUGUAUUGUGUGUGUGCUUCUAUCAGUUACACAUACAUGUCAUUACAUACACACAACAAGUAGGUCACAUGGGGGAGAGGCGUUGUGCCGCGGGGUGUUUAUUUUUAAAAAAAAACAGGUUUGCUGUUCACUUGCGCUAAAUAAGAUGGAAGGGAGUUCCAUGCACUCAUGGCUCUGUAUAAUACUGUACGUUUCAUUGAAUUUGUUCUAGACCUGGGGACUGUGAAAAGACCCCUGGUGGCAUGUCUGGUGGGGUAAAUUGACUAUGCAAACAAUUUGGAAUUUCCAACACAUUAAUGUUUCUUAUAAAAACAAGAAGUGACACAGUCAGUCUUUCCUUAACUCUUAGCCAAGAUAGACUGGCAUGCAUAGUAUUAAUAUCAGCCCUCUGAUUACAAUGAAGAGCAAGACGUACCGCUCUGUUCUGCAGCUUAACUAGGUCUUGCUUUGCAGCACUUGACCAUAUGACUGGAACAUAAUCAAGAUAAGACUAAACUAGAGCCUGCAGGACUUGCUUUGUGGAGUGUGGUGUCAGAAAAAUCAGAGCAUCUCUUUGUUACGGCCAGACCUCUCCCCAUCUUUACAACCAUUGAAUCUAUAUGUUUUGACCAUGACCGUUUACAAUCUAAAGGUGACACCAAGUAAUUUAGUCUCCUCAACUUGUUCAACUGCCACAUCAUUCAUUACCAGAUUCAGCUGUCUAGAACUUAGGGAAUGAUUUGUACCAAAUACAAUGCUCCUAGUUUUAGAGAUGUUCAGGACCAGUUUAUUAUUGGCAAGCCAUUCCAAAACAGACUGCAACUCUUUGUUAAGGGUUUCAGUGACUUCAUUAGCUGUGGUUGCUGAUGCGUAUAUGGCUGAAUCAUCAGCAUACAUGGACACACAUGCUUUGUUUAAUGCCAGUGGCAGGUCAUUGGUAAAAAUAGGUAGAGUAGAGGGCCUAGAGAGCUGCCCUGCGGUACACCACACUUUACAUGUUUGACAUUAGAGAAGCUUCCAUUAAAGAAAACCCUUUGAGUUCUAUUAGAUAAAUAGCUCUGAACCCACGAAAUGGCAGAGGUUGAGAAUCCAUAACACAUACAUUUUUUCAACAACAGGUUAUGGUCAAUAAUAUCAAAGGCUGCACUGAAAUCUAACGGUACAGCUCCCACAAUCUUCUUAUUACCAAUUUCUUUCAACCAAUAAUCAGUCAUUUGUGUCAGUGCAGAACAUGUUGAGUGCCCUUCUCUAUAUCAUGCUGAAAGUCUGUUGUUCAUUUGUUUACAGAGAAGUAGCAUUGUAUUUGGUCAAACACCAUUUUUUCCAACAGUUUGCUAAGAGCUGGCAGCAAGCUGUUAGAACCAGUAAAGGCCACUUUACCACUUUUGGGUAGCGGAAUGACUUUGGCUUCCCUCCCGGCCUCUAGGCUCAGAUUAAAGAUAUGACAGAUAGGAGUGGCUAUAGAGUCAGCUACCAUCCUCAGUAGCUUUCCAUCUAAGUUGUCAAUGCCAGGAGGUUUGUCAUUAUUGAUCGAUAACAAUAAUUUUUCCACCUCUCCCACACUAACUUUACAAAAUUCAAACUUGCAAUGCUUUUCUUUCAUUAUUUGUUUUUUUAAUACAUGAGUAUGAUGGCUCACUGUUCGCGUUGUUGGCGUUUCCUGCUUAAGUUUGCCCACUUUGCCAAUGAAGUAAUCAUUAACUGGUAGAGCACGGUGCUUGUAACGCCAAGGUAGUGGGUUCGAUCCCCGGGACCACCCAUUCACAAAAAUGUAUGCACGCAUGACUGUAAGUCGCUUUGGAUAAAAGCAUCUGCUAAAUGGCAUAUUAUUAUUAUUAUUAUUAAAAUAAUUGCCAACAUCAAAUGGUUUUGUAAUGGAUAAGCAAUCUCAUUCGAUGAAAGUUGGAGUUGAAUUUGUCUUUCUACCUGUACUCCCUAAAGUACUCCAAACUUUAUAUAAUUGAUCUUGGCUUCAUAAUACCGUUUCUUCUUCUUUUUGUUGAGUUUAGUCACAUAAUUUCUCAAUUUGCAGUAAGUCAGCCAGUCAGAUGUGCAGCCAGAAUUAUUAGCCACUCCUUUUGCCCCAUCUCUUUCAACCAUACAGUUUUUUAAUUCCUCAUCAAUCCAUAGAGCCUUAACUGUUAUAACAGUCAGUUUCUUAACAGGUGCAUGUUUAUCAAUAAUUGGAAGAAGCAAUUUCAUAAAUGCAUCAAGUGCAGUGUCUGGAUGCUCCUUAUUAAUCACAUCAGACCAACAAAUAUGUUUUAUAAUGAAAACAUUCACUGUGAUGUGGAUGAGAAUUUAUGGCCAAAUGCUCAAGACAGGCUUGAUGGAAAUGAAUGCGUGCAAAACGUCAUGUUUUAUUUUCAUCCAUUUAAUUAAUUAAAUUUAAUAUCUUACAUUUGAUUACAGACAGUACACCUAUGUUGCAAUUAUAUCUGAAAAAUACAAUGUUUUUUUUGCAUGAAUGAUUGUAGAGGAUGUCUUCAUUGAUCACACCUUUGAUUACACAUUGGAUAGAUAUUAUGGAAAUGAUAGAUUCUGUCAAUUUUGUUGGACAUUGUAAGUGUAUUACCUAAUGUGAAAACUGUGUAAUCUACUGCAAUUUACAGUACUGUAGCAUAUUACUUUCAGCACUUCUAAGGGCGAUUUGAAACACGUAUAUUGCAUGGUUUGCAAUUGGAUUAACUGGUAGUUAAAACAACUAAAUUGAAAAAAUAUCAUUAUGUUGUGGUUUGGUGAUUAAACCAGUGUUCUCAUUACAUUUCACAAUAAACUUAUGUUUUGAAUCCAUGGUUGUGUGGUGAGAGAUGUUUACAAUCCAAAUGAAUGCACAAUGACAGAUUUGAAUGAAAGACUGGCUGCGUUACAAGUGUGAUCAGUGAGUUUUGUACUAAGUUGUUAUGAAAAUGUACCACAUACUUGUGAAAAUAGUACCAAAGCGAUUAAAUUUUUUUAUAAAUACAAAUAGUAACGAGAUAAUCUAAAAAGCACUUUGCUUUGAUAACUAAACAAAAAAAUUAAAAAGAAGAUGUAUAUCGGUACAAUGAGGUCAUGCAGUGUAUACCUGUAAAAACAUUGAAUCGGUACAAUGAGAUCAUCUAUGGAAUGUAGGUGUGAAUGCAUGUGUCAGUAGUGUGUGUGUGUGUGUGUGUGCGCGUUCGUACGCACACACACACAAGCACACACCAAUUUGUGCAUAUGGCUUUGCAUGGAUGUGUGUGGAUAAGUAUAUGAGUGUAUUAUAACACAAUGCUAUUCACAGAGCAGUAUAUAUUUUAUUGACACAUGUUAAUUUUACUGGGCCUAUUCAGAGGCUGCGGCCCAAAUGGCAAACUACAGUGAGGGAGAAAAGUAUUUGAUCCCCUGCUGAUUUUGUACGUUUGCCCACUGACAAAGACAUGAUCAGUCUAUCAUUUUAAUGGUAGGUUUAUUUGAACAGUGAGAGACAGAAUAACAACAACAAAAUCCAGAAAAACGCAUGUCAAAAAUGUUAUAAAUUGAUUAGCAUUUUAAUGAGGGAAAUAAGUAUUUGACCCAUCUGCAAAACAUGACUUAGUACUUGGUGGCAAAACCCAAUCACAGAGGUCAGACGUUUCUUGUAGUUGGCCAUCAGGUUUGCACACAUCUCAGGAGGGAUUUUGUCCCACUCCUCUUUGCAGAUCUUCUCCAAGUCAUUAAGGUUUCGAGGCUGACGUUUGGCAACUCAAACCUUCAGCUCCCUCCACAGAUUAUCUAUGGGAUUAAGAUCUGGAGACUGGCUAGGCCACUCCAGGACCUUAAUGUGCUUCUUCUUGAGCCACUCCUUUGUUGCCUUGGCCAUGUGUUUUGGGUCAUUGUCAUGCUGGAAUACCCAUCUACGACCCAUUUUCAAUGCCCUGGCUGAGGGAAGGAGGUUCUCAUCCAAGAUUUGACGGUACAUGGCCCCGUCCAUCGUCCCUUUGAUGCGGUGAAGUUGUCCUGUCCCCUUAGCAGAAAAACACCCCCAAAGCAUAAUGUUUCCACCUCCAUGUUUGACGGUGGGGAUGGUGUUCUUGGGGUCAUAGGCAGCAUUCCUCCUCCUCCAAACACGGCGAGUUGAGUUGAUGCCAAAGAGCUCGAUUUUGGUCUCAUCUGACCACAACACUUUCCCCCAGUUCUCCUCUGAAUCAUUCAGAUGUUCAUUGGCAAACUUCAGACGGGCAUGUAUAUGUGCUUUCUUGAGCAGGGGGACCUUGCAGGCGCUGCAGGAUUUCAGUCCUUCACGGCGUAGUGUGUUACCAAUUGUUUUCUUGGUGACUAUGGUCCCAGCUGCCUUGAGAUCAUUGACAAGAUCCUCCCGUGUAGUUCUGGCCUGAUUCCUCACCGUUCUCAUGAUCAUUGCAACUCCACGAGGUGAGAUCUUGCAUGGAGCCCCAGGCCGAGGGAGAUUGACAGUUAUUUUGUGUUUCUUCCAUUUGCGAAUAAUCGCACCAACUGUUGUCACCUUCUCACCAAGCUGCUUGGCGAUGGUCUUGUAGCCCAUUCCAGCCUUGUGUAGGUCUACAAUCUUGUCCCUGACAUCCUUGGAGAGCUCUUUGGUCUUGGCCAUGGUGGAGAGUUUGGAAUCUGAUUGAUUGAUUGCUUCUGUGGACAGGUGUCUUUUAUACAGGUAACAAGCUGAGAUUAGGAGCACUCCCUUUAAGAGUGUGCUCCUAAUCUCAGCUCAUUACCUGUAUAAAAGACACCUGGGAGCCAGAAAUACUUAUUUCCCUCAUUAAAAUGCAAAUCAAUUUAUAACAUUUUUUACAUGCGUUUUUCUGGAUUUUUUUGUUAUUCUGUCUCUCACUGUUCAAAUAAACCUACCAUUAAAAUUAUAUACUGAUAAUUUCUUUUUCAGUGGGCAAACAUACAAAAUCAGCAGGGGAUCAAAUACUUUUUUUCCCUCACUGUAUGUAGUGCACUAUGUAGGGAAUAGUGUGACAAUUGGGACACGUAGAUGAAGAAGCCCACUGUCCAUUGACACCAAUGGAAAAUGUGUGACCGCUUGGCUCCAACCACUCAGGCCCCUACGUGAAAACAUUACCAUAAUGACAGACAGACUGUAUUUCCAUUAGCAGUUCAAGAGGAAGGAAAUAACCUAUAGUUAUCAGUCAUCACCUAUUGGGCACACACUGGUUGAGUCAAUGUUGUUUCCACGUAAUUUCAAUGAAACUAUGUUGUAUGUAUACCAAUGUGGAAUAGAUGUUGAAUUGAUGUUUGUGCCCAGUGGGCAGUAUCUCCCAUAUUCCUUAAAUCCUUAUAUUACAUAGUAUCUCUAUUUUAUCCAAUCACCUUGGCUUUUACCACCUGGAUCAGUUAAGGAACUGAUUCUGAUGAUAAUGGCCAUUUUUGAAGAAGGGUUUACUUGCAAUAACUGAUAUGUUUUUGUUUUUUUCUACUUAGUUGAAUGCACUGACUGUAGGUUGCAAUGUAUAAGAACGUGUGCUAAAUGACAAAGACUUUAAUGAAGGACCCCUUGAAUAUAUAGAUUUCUGAUAAUCAUCAUCUUCUCCUUUGAUAGCCUAUUUAAUAAGAUACGGCUUAGUACCAUUUUAGAGCAUGUUUCCCAGGUAGACUGGAAGUCUAGACCUAUCUUCUGUCUUUCCUCUUAGCCCUGAAGUCAGAUGAGAGGUUGACAGCAAACUGAUACUGCAAUAUACUUUUACAGCUCUCCUGGCCAUAAAUUGCCAAUGUGAAUAGGCAUUAGGCAAAUUUCAGGAGGAUGGACGUCUGUUUAUUAAGUAAAAAAUAAAAAGCUUCUAUGGUGAUGUGGAUAUGAUGACGUGACAGAUACAGUUAGGUAUAAAAGCUGAUGUAACUGGGUGAAGAGAAGAAGAGGAGAAGAGAAAAAGGGGAACACCAGUUGCUGUCAUUCCAGGUUAGUGUGGCUUACGUGGUAUACUGUAUGUGCUACCAAAUGUAAUGUCAUUCGUUAUGCAAACAAUAUGAUAAAAGUGACCUUUGGGUCAACAUUUGAAUUGUCAGAGUAAGUAUGUAUAUAUGAAUAGUAUUUAUCUUUUGUAUUUAAGUAUUUUGUUGUAUAAAGCAGUGGUUCCCAACCUUUUUUUAACCAUGGCACACUUUGAUGGAAUAUAAAAUUCUGUGGCACACCUACAAUUUCUUAAUGAAUUUAUUUAGUGGUAAUGCCCUCCAUCUGAUCUGAUCCAUACUGCAAAUCAUCUAUUUUCUGUGACAAUUUUUUAAAAUAGAUUAAAUAGGGUUUAUUUGAAAUAUUUUCAUAGUUCCUCACUCAUGAUGGUUAAUUGGUGUGUGUACCCGUUUAAGAGCCUUUUAUCAUCAGAAAUGAUUGGUUAUGGGUAGCUUCAUGUGUGUGUAAAACAUUACUUUUCUCAGAUUUUGUAUUCAUAGAUUUGAGAUGUGUAUGAAAAUUGUGUUUUUUUGCAAAACACUAUAUAUCCAUUGUUUAGCGAGAAUGUAAUUGUUCAUAUCCUUUAUAUUUGACUGUGAUAUGUGGUUGUCUCGCCUCUCUAUCUUAAGAUGAAUGCACUUACUGUAAGUCACUCUGGAUAAGAGCAUCUGCUAAAUGACAAAAAUGUCAAAUGUAAGUGUUUUACAUACAGAUCUCAUAUUCCUGUAUUUUUUUACAUUGAUGUCAUAAAUGUAUCAUUUGUACAUUUCUUUAUUAAAAAAAUUCAGUUAUUUGUUACAGUUGACUGUGUAAAACCUAGCAGUACUACUUAUUUCUCUGAGAGUGAGGCGAAUAUAUAGCAUUUUGCAAAAAAACAUGAUUAUUUGCCUCUCUGAAAUGAAACCAUGAAGUGAUAGGUUUUAAACAAAUACAUGUCUGUCAUUGAACAACCCUAUGCCAUGAUUAGACAGUGAAAAAACACCAAUCUCGUUCAUAAUUUCUUUAAACAAUAAAAGCUAAUUUGCCAACAUUUCUGAAAAUGGAUAUAUAGCAUUUUGGAAUUAAACUCUUCAAAUGUAACAGCCUGAGCGCACUGGACUUGAAACAACAAUACAGAUGUAACCAUUUAAUGUAUUAUCUGACCGGCACUAGUGCUACCAAGUCAAAAUUCCACGUGCAUUCCACAGGUCACAUUUAUAAGUGAGUUUUCAAAGAAAAAGAUCAAGAUUAGGAAAAGUUUCACAGCACACCUGAGAGUUCUUCAAGGCACACCAGUGUGCCGCGGCACACACCAGUUGGGAACCACUGGAGUAAGGUGUCAGUGUAAAAUAUGGCUCAUACACAGAAAUAAAAGUACGGUAUUUUUCUUCUGUCUGGUUACAGUCAAGACUGCAAUACCACUGUGACCUUCUAUUGAUGCAUCUACAUAUUGGCUUUUAUUGAAGAGACCAUUUUAUGCUGUUCCUAUGUUUCUUAUUGACCUGAAACAUGAAACAAAUGUGUCAACUUAAUUUUGGCACCCUCUUAAAAAAAGAUGGUGUAUUUGUUGUAUUGCCACAGCUUAUUGACUGUGAGGCAAACCAUUCAAUCAUUCACUUCCUUGUUCUCCCUCAACUGUAACAUCUUGUUUGGAAUUUUAAUCUUUAAACCAACAUGGGGAAUUGUUCCAGAAUAUGUCUGUCAAUGUCAAAUAUCUUUGACGAUCUACUAUCAUGGAAAUCAGUUUACUUAAGAGGAAAUUAAAUGUAUUUCUCCACAUUUUGCCUCUCUCCCUCUCUCUGUCUCUCUCUCUCCCUGUCUCUCUUUCUCUGUAACUCUUUGUAUCUCCUUGUCUAGGCCUACGUGCAAUCUUCAGACAAACCAGGGCUUUCUUCCUUAGCUUGGAGACUCCAUACACAGGGUUAUGCCUGUGAACCUAUCCACUCUGACUGUUUGCCUGCUAGGCACAGGUAAUGGUUUGACACUUAGACCUGGGACAUGUUCAGUAGAAAAUGAGCAUUUCUUAUUGGACCAUUUAGUACAUUUUCUUACAUUUGGUGCCUAAUGAAUACCACCAUGAUUAGUUGUAAAAUCUAUAUAUUUUUUUUUACUUAAACAUAUAAAAACAAAUGAGCAUUGAAUAAUAAGUACAUUUGAAAAAUCUUAAAUCUUAGAUUUUUUGGAAGGUGCUUGUGUGAACAAUGGUGACUGUUAACUCUUCCCUCUUCUUUUAUUGUCAGCCAUUCUCUGUGCAGACAUUUCUCUUGAAUCUAGCUCAACAACAACACCUAUAAGCCCAGAGGCUACUCCUACCAAUGUGUCCACUCUCGCACCUUCCACCGCUGGUACUAACACCUCUACUCCAGGGACUGACCCCACAUCUAACUCCACAGAGGCCAACAGCACCACGGUCUCCACAUCCGACCCCACAUCUAACCCCACAGAGGCCAACAGCACCACAGUCUCCACAUCUGACCCCACAUCUAACCCCACAGAGGCCAACAGCACCACGGUCUCCACAUCUGACCCCACAGAGGCCAACAGCACCACGGUCUCCACAUCCGACCAGGCAAAUGAGGAAGCCCCAGAGACAAUGUUGUCAACUGGCGAUAUAGCCGGCAUUGCUGUCGGCAGCAUUGCUGGGGUGGCGGCUAUUGGUGAGUGUAAUACACACACAAGCGCACGCACACACCUCGGCACCGCAAUUACCCUGGGCCUUAUCUAUUCAUUAACAGAACAGAGGCAAACCCAAUAUUGAACCAUGAAAGUGAUACCACACUGGUUUAUUGGCCAUCAUGGUUUCAUGCUGUUCCUGUGUAACCAAAUUGAUGAAAAUGCUUAUAUUCAAAUCACUUUAUUAGGAAGGAGCAGCAGCCCUGACUGCCAAAUCAGAGGACAAAGGAAGUAAACAGACUAUACUGAGGACAGGGACUGGUUUAUUAAGGCUAACUCUAGUGGUUGUGGUCACAACAGGAUUUAAACAGAAUGCAAGAUGACGUACAAACAAAACAGAUAAACAUACAUCUUUCAAUGAGAAUGCCUGCUCCAGGCUACUCCUGCAAUCUGUUUGUUAGUGCAAAAAUGUCCAAGUAGUCCCUCCCGGUUUCAUUUGGUUCUUAAUUAAUAUGACAUGGAUGUAGGCAUAUCAGGGUUAUAACAGCCUCCCUUCUAAGCCUGAGCCUAACCAAAUAUGUAACACCUCAAAGUGAAGUGAACCCUCAGUUUCAUGUAAUGUAUAGUGUGGAAAUGUAACAUUUGUGAUAGCCUUCCUUCAUGACAUAGAUAUUAUAUUAGAAAGUUCGGUUUUAGAUUUGGUAAGAAAGUUGUAAGUCAAUCUUUCUCUCUUUCGCUCUCUCUUCCUCUCUCCCUCCCUCUCUUCCCUCUAGGUGGAGGGAUCUUUGCUGGUCUGAAGUUUAGUGGGAAGCUGGCUGGUUAGUGUUGCUAGACUGGACUGGACAGGCCUGGGUAAGGCUAAGCUGGGUGGGUUGGUAAAGGGAGUUUCUAUUGGCCUGAGACCAGUCCAAGACUCUAUAUGCUGCACAACCACUGUGGAAAACAACCAGAGCCCUCUCACCUUCUUCCAUCUGAAAACACUGCCAAACAACACAUUGAGAACCUUCAUUUACAACUAUACAGGAAUGCAGCCAAAAUAGGGAAUUUUAUACAGUGCUCAGUCAAGAUAAAAUACUACUUCUACUGCUG